CUGCGGCCGAAGGCUGUGGUGGGUAAGAAGCGGCAACCUAAGGCUUCUAGGGCUGAUCGACCUCAGAAGAGAUUGCAACGGGACGCCUCUAUGCAGUGCACCACCCGUGAGGAAGCCCGACUCUUGCCGAGCUCUCCGUUGCAAACGGAAGAACCGUUUCUUCAUCCCUGUUCAUCCAAACUCAAGGUGGAGGUAGCCAGCCUUAAAUGGCCCCAUGAUGAUCAAUGAAGAUGUUGGUAUGGAACUAUCAGGGGUUGGGGAAUCCUCUGACGGUUCGACAAUUGAAGAAGCUGAUCCGGCUUCAUUCCCCUUGUUUGGUGGCGCUUUUGGAAACAAAGAAUGGCGAGUCUUUGCUGGAAAGGGUUCGGAAGACGGUGAAUUUUCCUUUUUCUUGUUUGGUCCCGCCUCGCGGCUUAGCUAGAGGUUUAUUAUUAUGGUGGACGGAGUCUGUGGAUGUUCGGAUUUGUGCCUUUCUGGAUUUUCAUAUCUCCAGUGUCGUUAAUUCCGGUUCAGGUCGAUGUUGGGGUUUUUCCGUGGUCUAUGCUAGCUGUCAUGCUAGUGUUCGUGUUGAGCAAUGGGGUUCCCUUCGUCGUUUGCUGCAGGAUUGGCAGUAUCCUUGGAUCAUGAUUGGGGAUUUCAAUGAAAUUGCUCACUCUUCUGAGAAGUUUGGUGGCCGUUCAAAGCCGGUUUAGGUUUUACAAAAAUUCCGGCUGCUGAUCAAUGAUUGUAGUCUCUUUGAUUUGGGCUUUUCUAGUUUUCCGUUUACUUGGAACAAUCAACGUUGCGGGGAGGCAAAUAUCCGCCAACGGCUUGACCGUGCCUUGGUCUCUUCUGACUGGCGUCUUUUGUUUCCUAGAGCUUCUCUUAGCCAUUGCUCAGUGGCGGGCUCUGAUCAUGUAGCUUUGCUUCUUGAUUUCCAACCUAUUUUCUCCUUUAAAGCUCGUCAAUUUUAUUUUGAUGCCCGUUGGGUUUCUCAUGUGGAUUGUCACGCCAUUAUUGAGGCUGCUUGGAAAUCUCGUUUUCAUGGGUCUCCGUUUAUUUUGUUGGGCGGCUAGACUGAAGUUAUGUAAGGAACGCUUGCAGGGUUGGGCAAAGCAAUGCAAUCAGAAUUCUCGUCGUCAGACGCUGAAGCAAAGUUGAAGAGUUUGCAGGAAAACUUAUCGCAGUAUAAUCAUGCCCAGGUUGUUGCGGUUGAACGAACUCUUAAUCAGCUUUGGCAAGAUGAAGAAUUGUUCUGGAAGCAGAAAUCCCGUGUGAAGUGGCUUCAAAGUUCUUCCAUGCCACUACACUGCAACGUCGAUCUUGCAAUCGGAUUUCAGGGAUAGAAGACUCAACUGGUCGUUGGAUUGAUGAUGAUGUGGGCUUGCAAAAUAUUUUUCUGUCAUACUUUCAACAGCUCUACACAUCUCAUUCUCUUUCUUCUUCUUCUAUGGAGCAUUUCUUACGAUAUAUCCCUCUCACCAUCACGGCGGAGAUGAAUCAAAAGCUUUUGUGUCCAUUAACAGAGGCAGAGGUGGAAAAUGCUGUUUUUUCAAUGGCGCCUUUCAAAACUCCAGGACCUGAUGGCGUUCGAAUUUGUCGCCGCGCUCCAUCUCUGUCUCAUUUAUUUUUUGCAGAUGAUUCUCUGAUCUUUUGUCAAGCAUCUUGUUCGGAGGUGAGAUCAGUCAAACGCAUUCUUUCAGCUUAUGAGCUUGCUUCGGGACAGGUGGUGAAUUUUUCCAAAUCCUCUAUUUUCUUCUCUAAAAAUACCAGUCCCUUCAGACGGAGACGGCUUUGUUCUAUCUUGGGUAUUGGGGAGGAAGGUUUGAAAGCCAAAUAUCUGGGUAUGCCGGCCAUUAUCGGGCGCUCCAAGUCUGAUGUUUUUCAUUUUGUCUCCCAGAAAGUUCAAGAUCGUUUGUCAGCGUGGAAAGCGAAAUAUCUUUCUAAAGGCGGUAAAGAAGUGCUUAUUAAGGCUGUUUUAAGUUCUUUGCCGACUUAUGUUAUGUCAUGUUUCCGUUUACCGGCUUCCCUAUGUGAGAAAAUUAUGCAGCUUAUUCGUGCUUUUUGGUGGCGCAAUAAUCCUGAUUCUAGAUCAGUUCACUGGUCUAGCUGGGCCUCGCUCUGUUUAAGUAAAAAAAGCUGGAGGCUUGGGAAUCUGAGACACGGGUGCGUUCAACUCGGCUCUGUUAGCUAAGCAAGCGUGGAAUUUUCAAGUGCUUCGUCGUGGUUUGGCUUUUCGGUUGUUCAAAGCCAAAUAUUUCCAUUCUUGUUCCUUUUUGGAAGCCGGUCUGGGGUCCAAUCCAUCUUGGGCGUGGAGGAGCAUCUGGUCCUCCAAGCCUAUUCUUAAAAAAGGGCUAAGAUGGGUUGUGGGUGAUGGUAAAUCUCUCAGCAUUUGGAAUGACUUCUGGGUGCCAUCCAUGGAAACUUUGCCGUGCCUCAAUUCUUCUAUUGCUGUUCAUAGAGUUGCUGACCUUGUUGACCCUAUGACUCAUUCGUGGCGUAUCCCUCUCCUUUUCCAGCUCUUUCCUGCUGAAGUGGUCUCUGCUAUUCGGCGCAUUCCAAUUAGUUUGCGCCGUUGUGAGGAUCAUCAAGUGUGGGCUUUCUCUGAUCACGGAAAAUUUACUGUUAAAUCGGCGUAUCAUGUGGCUUUUUCUCUUCUUGAUCAUCCUAUGCAUCAUUCCACUAUUAAUCCAAAGUGCUGGACAUCUAUCUGGAACUGUCACAGUCUUCCAAAGGUUAAGCAUUUUCUUUGGCAGUGUGUUCAUUGGAUUCUCCCAACUCGGGCUGCUUUAAAGCUUAGGGGGUUGUCUGCUGAUGAUUUUUGCCUUUCUUGUGGAGAGGGACCUGAAACGGUGGAGCACUUGCUUUUGGGCUGCUCUAAGUCUCUCCUUGUUUGGAAGCUCGCUCCUCUUCGUUUUGAUUUUCAGACAUGGGGUGUUCGCUCCUUUGCUGAGAGGUGGCUUGAUGUGUCCUCCUAUGGGGUUGAUGCUUGUAGUUUGGCCUCUUUUGUUGCUUGGACGAUAUGGAAAUCUCGGAACACUUAGUUUUUCAUGGUUCGAUAUCUGACCCUCAUCAGGUUAUUUCUACAGCCGUUUCAGUGUUUUGGGAGUUUCGGGACGCUGCUCAGCUUCAGUUAUCGACUUUCCUCCCCGUCUCAUCUCUCUAACUCUGUGGUAUGGACGCCUCCGGCUCCUGGUUUCAUCAAAUGCAAUUUGGAUGCCACCUUCUUUGCCAGCACAGAAUGGGCUGGAGGCGGACUUGUCUUCUGCAAUCAUUUGGGAGUUAUCUUGCGAGUUGUUGUCCUUAAGUCUUUCUUUGCAUUUUCAGCUCUCUCGGCUGAGGCUUUUGUCAUGAGGGAUGCUUUGCUUUGGGCUCGUCUUUUUGGUUUUCACAGUUUAUGUUUGGAGAAUGAUUCUCUUAUCUUAUGUGAGGCUGUGAAUGGCGUUCGCCCGUGCCCUGCAUCUAUCUUGCCUCUUGUUUUUGACAUUCGGCAUCUUUUGCAUGCUCUUGAUGUUGCUCGGGUUGAGCAUGUUCGUCGUGCUGCAAAUUCGCGGCGCAUCAGAUUGCUUUGCUUUCUCGCUCUCAGCCUUGCUCUAGUCAGGUGUUUUUUGGGCUGCCUUGGUAGUUGUUUUUUCUUCAGCCGCUUCCUGUUCCUCUCAUAGAAGAUGUGGUUCAUGGGAGCUUUGUUUGUCAUCAGCUUCCUGCUCCUCCUACUGAUGUUUUUGAUUGAGCUUUUUGGCAUCAGCGUUUUGGAGCCAUUGUUCCUUUCAGCAUUAUCACUGAUUUCUGGAGAUAUUGUCUUCUUCGGAUCUCAAUGAGCUCGGAGUGGAAUGGGGCGUCAAUUAUGAGCUUUAUCAUUUGUUGUAAUUUGAUGGGGUAUGCCCCUGGUUGCUGUAUUUGCUAUCCUGUUUUAGCUGCUUGUUGCAAUCUAUGUUUGCUCAUGGAAAAAAAAAAAAAAAAUUUAGCUUACUCAAAAA